GAGUGGAUGGUGUCAGAACGUCCGACCUAAAACUUUAAAGCGAAGUAGAAGAAGAAGAUAUUUACUACAUGGAUGUUAUAUAAUCUAUUUGUGGACUGCUAUUAUUGUGAGAAUGAAACUCAGUUUAUAAUUUAAUAUAUUGAGGGUAGAAGAAAUUUUCUAUUCAGGGUUGCCUAAUGGACGUUCGGGCAAAUUUUUCGGACUUCGAACAAAUUGACGUAUGGCAGCGAAUAAAAAUAUGAGUGCGAAAAAAGUAAAGAAAAGGUUCAGUAGAAGAAUGAACAGUAAUUAAGGUGUAUCAGAAAGGUGAAAAUCAACCACAGGAACAUUAGAUUUAAUCAACCCAUUCUGGAAAUUCUUCAGGACAUAAGGAUAUGUAAUUGUUGUGCACAAUUUGUGCUGUGGGAUGCAAAAGUGCAAACUUUAAUAAUGGAGUGAUCUUUGAUUUGCGAGAUUGUGAGUGAAGUGACUCGUUCUUUUUGUUUAACAUCCGCCUCUUGGCAGUUCCAAAUUAUGCAGAGAUUCUCAUCCGAAUGCACUUCCGUAAAUCUAUUUGAAAUAUUUAACGUGAUCGAGAGUUAACAAAUUGACUAACAAGGUGAAUCUUCUUAAAUGAAAGAGAAUAGUCAAAAAUGAUCACCCGGCGAAAUUGGUUGUUGCGCUGCAGUAUUCUCAUCAAUAUCGCUGUAUUGCUGUAUAUUUGCAGUCAGUUGAUCAUCGAUAGUGGAAAUGUUCCUAUUGCACCUUCAUACAUUGUGCAAUUCAAUCCGGAUAAACAGAAUCUCCACACUGAGUCUUCAAGUGGGAAUAAACUCUCUAAUCAAGUUGAAAAUGGCUUGAGAGAAAACCUCAAGAAAGAUGAUGUUCCCCAAGUUGAGGAAGAACAGCAGCAACUGCAGCACAUGAAAGAGAUUGUUGACAAUAAUGGAGAAGAUAGUCGUUUUGAAGUGCCAACAGAGGCGAAUAAUCAUGGUAAUAAGAUUCUGAAUGAGAUGGUCUAUCAGGACAUUAAUUUAGGUAGUACAAAUACAACAUAUUCAGAAAGUCUUCUCAAUGAUAAGGAUUUGGAAAACCGACUGAGAUCAUUGAUCAAAUGCCACGAUAGGGAUUAUAAAGCAAAGACAGAACAGAGAGGUGAUUUUUGGGUGUUGAAAAAUUAUAUUCGAGCAGAACAUGGUGAAAUUCGUUGUUAUGAGAGCAUUACAUAUACAACACAUGCUGAUUAUACUUUUCUGGACAAUUUGAUACCUUUGCUCGAAAGAUGGAUGGCACCAAUAAGUAUUGCACUUCAUGCGCCAGGUUUCGAUUUUCCUGUCACCAUUAAUGCUAUAAAAUAUUUGAGAGAUUGUCCAUCUGAGGCCCAUUUAGUACGACAAUUUGUAACUUUUCACAUUUACUUCAGCAGUAAACAUAUUCCAAAAAGUGUUCCGAAGUACGAUAAAGUUUUCGAAACAUCAUAUAAUUGUUCAAAUCCACCACCAUUUGCAAACAUAUCUUAUGCUCAAUUAUAUAAAACACAGAAAAAACUUCUCUACCCUGUGAAUGUUGGGCGAAAUAUUGCCCGAGAUGCAGCUCUCACUCACUAUUUUUUUGCAAGUGACAUUGAAUUGUAUCCAAAUCCUGGUUUAGUGAGAAAAUUUCUCGAAAUGGUGGCAAGAAAUGAUGCUACAAUACAAAGGCCAAAACCCAAGGUAUAUCCUCUGGCAAUUUUUGAAGUAGACAGCUCUGUGAAUGUACCACAUGACAAAACGGAACUGCAGGAACAAUUUCGCAAAGGGAAAAUUAUUCCAUUUCACAAGAAACUCUGUCCAAGUUGUCAUGGUGUACCAAAGUCAAAAGAGUGGAUGGCAGCCAAUGAGACAGAGGAAUUGGGUGUUUUUCAUAUAGGAAAACGUGUUGGAUAUUAUCUACACUGGGAACCCAUUUAUAUUGGCACGCAUGAUGAUCCUCACUAUGAUGAAAGAUUGAGUUGGGAAGGCAAAAGUGAUAAAAUGACACAGGGAUAUGCACUUUGUGCUUUGGACUAUGAGUUUCAUAUUCUGGAUAAUGCUUUCUUGGUGCACAAACCAGGCAUUAAAACACUAAAGAGAGAUCCUAAGCGAGCAAUGCUAGCUGCUAAGACAAAUCAACUCAUCCGUAAAAUCAUAUAUCCGGAACUUCAGGUGAUGUAUGGUGUGAGAAAGGGUUGUGCUAUAUAGUAGUUGAGAGUUACAUCUGAGCAUCAAGAAAAAAAUUGCAGAAAAAGUGCUCAGUUAAUAGAAUGGAAGAAAUGGUUUUGCUUAUAAUCGUAAAGGAAAAUCACUUCAUUAAUUAAAAUAAUAAGAAAAAAAAUGAAGGGCUAAUGAGUUGCAUUUAGUUUAGAAAGAAAAAUGAGAGAAAUUGAUAAAUAUGACUCAGCAUGGUCAAAAUGAAAAUUGCCAGAAUUUUAAACACCUUUCGGAGAUGAUGUUUUAAACAAAAGUAUCCUUGUAUAUACUAAAAGUAAGCCCACUUGUAUGCUUUUAUCUUUUAUCUCAAUUCUUACAUAUUUAUAAUCCAUAUUACUAUAUAUUUUAUACAAUUUGAUGAAAAAGAUAUUGAUAUUGUAAAAAAAAGUAUGAUAAAAUAUUUAGGCACAAUGAAACAAACAAACUAAGCGUAACAAGUAAAAUUACAACAAUUCUUAAAAUAAAUAGAAAAAAAAGAAUAAAAAGAAAUCUAACUGUGGAAAAACGAUUUUGCUGUGAAUAAUAAGUAACCCUUUUAGAUAUGAACAAAAAUCAAGACAAAAUAGUUGUGAAGAAUAAAAGACAUUGGUUUACAUUAAAAGUCCAGUUUACAUUAAACAAUCUUUACUCCGUCUUUAAGUCAGAGCAAUAAUAAAAAUAGUAUAGAUGAUUCUUGGAAAUGAUGAUUAGAUCACUAUUAACUUUUCAGCCUCGUUUGAAGCUCUUCCAAUUUCAAAUACAAUUUUCCAUGCAAGUGGAAUUUAAAUUUAGUUUUAAAAUUUUAGGCUUUUUUACCAAUGCAAAUUCCACAUAUUCUUCACCACUGUGUCAUUUUAACAGUAAAAAAUAUUUUUUAAUUAUUUGUGAUUCUUUAACUUAUGUGUUAGAUAAUUCUAAUCUAUGUUACAGCAUAGAGAAAACUUUCCAAAACUCUGCUAUAGUGUACAUUAGUAGGCUUUUUCAAAUUUUAUGUUUUUUUUUUCCACUAGUAGGUAAAUUUCCGAACAAUUAAUAUUUGUUGGAUAUUUUAUAACAUCAGAAAUGUGUUAAUAUUCUAAUUCUUUUACAGCUGAAUAAGUCUUUUUUUUUGUUGGUUUCAGUUUCAGUGAAAAGUCAAAUAUAAAAGUAAAAUGAGAAUACAGAGUUACUCUAGAAGUCAUUUUAAGCAUUUUUUAUUAUGAAGAUGCCUUUGAAAUAAUUCCUAUGACGUUUCGGAGGCAUUUUAUGGAUUAUUUUAAAUCUGGAGUUUAUUUCCGAAGAACAAUUGGAUGAAAAUUUUGAUUUUCUUAAACUGUUAGAACGACUGUUGUAUAGCCUUAAGUUUAGGAACUCUGUAUCCUUUAGACAUGAAAUGAACUUCAAAGUUACCUUCAAAUUGAAUUGACUGUAAUGUGGUGAACACACUUACAACUUAUGUCGAGAUGAUUUUUAAUUUAAUUAUUAUCAAAAUAAGGAUUAGAUUGCAUUUCCACCACUUCCUGACUAAGUCGUUUCUCGGCUUAAGCCGAUUUAUUAUGAUAAUCAAUAAGUAAUUUUUAUUAGAAAAUCAAUUGUAUUACUCCUAAGGUAUUUUAGGCAAUCUUUAAAGUGAUUCAAUCAGUUCAAUUGAUCGUUUGAGAACCUGUAAACUGUAAAUGAUGCGAAAGUGCACUCAAGGUAUAGCAUCUAAGUCAGUUACGAGUUCAAGCACAUCGCAAAACCUGGGACACUUUGCCACCCUUUUUAUAUAACUAUAAUGUCAUAGACAUACUUACGACUUAAGCCGUGAGACGUCUUAACGUAAUUAUAAUAAAAAAUAAUGAUCAGAUUACAUUUCUAUCAGUCUCUGAUUGAUUCGUCUCUUGGCACAAGCCGAGAAACGGCAGUUAGUGGGAAACUGUUGAGAAGUCAAAUCAUUUUUUUGAACGAAAUUUGAACGCUUAUUCUUAUCGAAAAACGUAGAAUAGUAAAAAAAACGCCAUAUUAUUUGCAUUAUAUUAUUACAUUAAAUAAAUUUCAUCAAUUUGACAAAAGUGUCAAUAGGGGUUCCCUAUCGAAGAGGUUUUCAUUCGACCCUAUUCUCACCAAACUUUCAUUUGAAAAAACUCAAACUUUAAUUAUAUCGAAAUAAAAAAGAAAAGUUAUAUAUUCUCUUGUAAUUUAUUAUAUUUCAAUUAAUUUUAAAACAUACAUAUCACAAAUAAAGAUUUGCACUAAAAAUCCAUUUGGUGCAAGGGUCACAAGAGAUUGUAUUAUAUAAUGAAUGCUUUGGCAGGUGGAUUAGUAAGAGUUUUCGAUUUUUAUUUUUUAGAAGAACUACACUGAAUUUACUAGACCGAAUGCUAGAUGAUAGUGAUGCUAAAGCCAUCAACCCAGACCCCAUUGUAUAGUACUAUUUUACAUGACGGAAUCUCAGUCCUGUGAUAAAGUUCACUUGAAAAAUCUUUAAAAAAAAAUACUUCUAAAGAAUAGAUGAAAAAAAGAAAAUGUUCUCAGUCUCUCUGUUAUACAUUUUUUUCUCAAUCCAAUAAUUCGUGAAGGCUAGGAAGCAUGAUUCUCUAUGCUGUAACAAUGCACCUACUAUUAUCUUUUAAUAUUAAUUGUAAUAAUUCUCAGAGGAACAUGAAUCUUGAAAGAUAAAACUUUAGCUAUAUAAACUAUAAUGCCUUAGUAUUAUUUGAAGUAGUAUUUUUUUCUAGUGUCAUAAAAUUUUUAUUCCUUAAAUAUAUUUUAAUCUUUUUGCUGCAUUGACCAGAAGAAAAAAAACCACAAAUUUUGAAUAAUUUUCAGCACAUUCAGAGAAACUAUCUAUUAUUAUCAUAAUGGAAUUUCCGUUAACUUUUCUAUUCUAAUGCAAAGAAAAGUUAGUUCAGAAAUGCUAUGGAGAACUUCAUUUUAUUUUACCCUUCCGAAAUCGGGAACAAGAGAUUAAUAAAAUCAAUGAUCAAAAAUGACGAUAGAACAAGAGAAACAUAUUCGAAAAUGGUGUAUCAAGUGCCUUAGAAUAAAAAUUUAUUUAAUAAAGAAUUUGUCACAAUUUUUGUAUAUUCAUGGUGUAUAAAAAAAGAGUAAAAAUAUCUUUCGAUUGCUACAAAAAAAUGUAAGAAGUAAAAAAAAAACAAAAAUUAAGUUGCGAUUUAGAUGAAUCGAAAAAUCACUCAGAAUGUGAAUGUGUUUCCUUUUCUUAUGAGAAUGUAAGAAGAAAAAUUCUAAAAGGAAUAUAAAUGUGUAACAUUUAUGACAUAUAAUAUAUAUGAUAGAAGGAAGAAUAUAAAUGAUGAAUGUA